ACGCAAGUCACCGCGGUAGAGCAACUAGAGGCACCUCCCCUAAAUAAAGAAGAGGGGCCACCCGCGCAUCUUCGUCCUCCAGCGCCUGGAAGCUUCGCGUCUUCUCAUUCUUAAGAAUAUUGCCCAUGAUCUUGAAUCUUGUUCUGAUUAAAUCAUAAUUUUCAUUGAUGAUUUGUUUUUAGGUUGUUGAUGCAAUUGAAUCCUCGCGCUAAUGAUCUACUGUAAUAUAUGCUUCCGCUUUCUGGUCAUGUCUUUUUGGGGCUGUCGAUUUUUUUUCAUUGAUCAGAGUGAAGAAGUUGUAGACAUUGUUGAUGCAAUCCUCUUGCUAAUGCAAUCCUCGAGUCAUCUCUACUGGAUCAGCUUCCACAGCACCAGCUUCUUCGAUUCGCACCACAGAAAAUCUUUUUGAUGUUGGCGGGGAAGUUAUUUUCAAGAAAAUCUCACUUAGUAGAAGAAGUUGCUCUUGUUCGAGGGAGGUGGAACAAGUAGAAGUACUAGGACGAGCGAGCAAUAAUACUCUGGUAGGAGGAACAGGUGGACGACGUACUACAGGAUGCACUCACUGUUCUAGAAGGGCUCCCUCUCAGCCUUCUCCUUUUUACAGUUAUAGCAACGAGUUGGUCGCGUUUUCUCCUGGUGUUAAGACUAUUAUGAUUAUAGACAAUUCAUCUUUGACCGCGGCAUCCCUGAAGAGUUGUAUGAAAGAAUACUGAAGAAAAGAUGCUGGUGGUCAAAGAUGAAUUAUACGGAAUAGCCCUAUAAAAGAACGUGGCUACAAAAAUUUUGGCGAAGAGCAUGAACAUGAUGAUACAAGAAUUAGCGGGGACUUGAUGAUGAACCUGGUGCAGCCUGACCCAGUCGCUUUGUCGCUUGGGUCACAGGGUCCGUCGACUCGUUUGUGGCAUCGACUUGUGGCAUCGAGUGAAGAUGUUGAGCGCGAAGAUAUACAACUAGGCACUUCAACUUCAUCUACCUCGAGGACGGGCACUUCUACUUCGAGAACAAGUGUUGACGGCGUGGGCGUCGUCAAGUCGAUUAAGCGACUUCCCGCAGACCAGCGAGCGCGGCAAGACAGCGAUGCUGGGCGACGGCAAGACAGCGAUUCUGACAGUGCGCGAGGCAGUCACUUGUUAAGGCUCACCAUCGAAAACUCAUGAGAAUGUUUUUUAUAUCUUGAAGAUGUUGUUCACAUCAGGAGACGAGAUGCUCAACACCUUCUAAGGCUUCUUCUAUCUUUAAGCAUUUUGUUCCUUCCAGGAAUGUGCAUGUGCAAAGAUUAAGAAAUGGAAAUUAUGAGCUACGCCUAGAUGAUAAUUCAUAAUUCAAAAUUUAGAUACAAAAUCUUGAAUUUAAGAAUAUAAACCUGCUUACAAAACUUACUUUGCUGGUAUAAAAAAGAGUAGAAGACAAUCGCUAGGAGGUCUAAGUCUUCAUCCGGACGAUCGAGACGGGCUAAGUGCAAGUAGCGAAGUGCUACGGGAUACUUUUGAAGAUGAGAAUUCAGAAAGUGGAAAAAGUCGUAACAACACCUUUGAGAGUAGAAACAGUUUCGAGCUCGACCUCGCAACCGAAGAUAUGUUGGCUUUUGGCUUUCUUCCAUCUCUCUCAGCAUCUCUCUCAGCGCCUUUGUUCUCCGCAGAAUCUACAAGAUCAAGAUGGGAAUAAAGCUAAAGGGGGCCGAGAUCAUGAGAGAACUGAGACGAAUACAUAGAAUCGUCUCCAAGGCUUCUAAAUACGGGACCGCUCACGAUGAAAACGAGCUGGUUGGAGCUCCUGCUAGAGGAGACGAGUGUGCGGGUGACGAAGCAGAAAAUGCAGAUAACAAUAUACUCUGCUGGGACCACGAUCAUGGGGAAGCAGAUUAUGGACCACGCGAAGACUUGUUUUCAUGUGGUGGAAGAAGUAUUUCGCGACCCCAUGGAGGAGCUCUUCGAGUGAGUGGUGAAGCAGAUGAAGGAGGUCUCAACGAGGGAGAGCAGGAAGAUUUUCCCGCUUAUAAAUUAUGGCUCCUCGUCCUGAAGAAGAAGAAAUCGAAAUCCAUCUUUCUUCUAGAGCAUCUUUCUACUUGGUCGUCCCGUUUUUAAAAGGAAAACUAUCUACGGGAAGAACCAUCAAGAUGAUGAGUGCCGAGAUGGACUCGUGGGAGAAGUUCUAACUUUUAUAGGGGAUGAUCGCAAAAAAGUUGUGGUCGCACCUUCGCUAUUACAACGACAGCGCGAUGCUGAAGCACGACGCGCAGCUAGUGCGGGCGGUCAGUCUUCUUACACUAAUAGAAGUUGUGACCACCACUUCUCAGAAGAACACCAAGAUCAACGACGAGGAGAUCAAGAAGAAGAAGAACGAGGUGGGAGCAAUGCUUAUAAUGCAGCAACUACAACUAGUGCUUUUUCUGCUCGUUUUGAUGGUCAUGGUGAACGACCCGUGGCAGCUCGCGAGAGCUCUUAUGACUUUUAUUCCCGAUGUCUAAGUAUGAUCCUCGUUGAGGUAGUUCUCGUUAGUGAUAGAUAAGCACUUGUCGGCGUUGACUGAUUUUCUUAUUUGCUUCUAGUGAGGCGCUCCACGACUGGACGAGUUUAUCGCUGAGCUUGGGUCCUGGUUGGCCCUCCGGUAUGAUCUUAAUCUUUAUUAUCUAAGUACUAUGUGUAUGUAUUGGUACUAGAUGAAGAAAAUAAUAUCAAUAAUAUUUUUAUGAAUAUAUUUGUCCACUACUAAUCCAUUGACUCAUCUUCAACAUCAUUACUAGAUUACGAACCAGAUUAUAUGAUACUAGCUUCUGACUUUCGGAGCUUAAGAGCAAGCAUUUCUUCUAAUCCCUGGAAGCGGGUCCUGCGCCACAAGACGAGAGGAGACUGAGGAGGGACGCGUUUUCCGCGAGUGAUGAUCAUGAUCAGAGAGAGCACCAGCACCAGGAACCGCCCCCACAGCUGCGACGCUUUGAGGUAGCUGGAGGAACAGCAUAUCACGUCGAGCAAGGGACAUCAGUUCCCCCCAUCAGCAUUACAGACAUGCACGCUAUCGCGACGAUACCUCUCUACUCGUUAAGCUAGCAGGGUUUUUUCUUCAUUCUAUGUAUGUGCAAGAGUGGUGAGAGAAUCAUGCUCGUUCCUCCCUCGACUCGCUCUUUCUCAACUACCAGAAGAUUAGGGACUUCGACGGCCAACUUGUUUGCUUUCAUUUUUCCCCUCAGUCAAAACAUGGGAAGCGUUCAAGUGUAAAGUAACUGGCUUGAAUGAUUAAGAAGGCUAAGAAGAUUUUUAUGCCUCGACUAUCGUCUAGAAAUAACUCCAACGUCAACGUUACUAGUUUACAACUACUUGACUCUAUCUCAUAAUCAUCAUCAUUGCUUAUUUAGAAAAUACGAAUUACUUCUACUUGAAGACAUGUUUGAGUUUGUGCUCUUUUUUUUUGGUAGGUCACACGUCGAUACUACGUAUUUUUUUGAAACGUGAUUCUUAUUUUAGAUGCGCAAGCAUAUCAAAGCACUAAUUUCUCAAUUGGAAGGCCCUGAAGUCGGAGCAGGCGCCGGACCAGACGCUGCAACUCCACAACUGAGAAUUUUUGCGAGC